GAGAUGGGUGGCAGGAGCUGCUUAUACAUGGUGUUUUCAUAGGGUGCUAAGGUUCAAGUACUCCUGGGGUGGGAGACAGAGGUUGUUUGGAUAGGGAUGUCUUCUUUAGGGCUAGGCUAAAGCCUCUUCUGGGGUCAGACAUAGAGACUGAUUGCAGAGGGAUGUCAGUGGGCACUGAGAUGCAGCUGCUUCUGGGCUGGACAGUUGUACAAGGACCACUAGUGCAAUACUGAGAUGAAGUCAGGAUGGGGCAUGUGGGGACUGUUUAAUGCCAUUGUUGGUCCAGUGGUCCCUUGCUGAGAGCUAAGACACAAUCAAUCCUGGGUUGGGGCAAUGAUGUGUGGCAAAUGCCAGGUGGCAGGGUGUUGUUUGACCUGGGGUCUUCACUGCUAGGAGCGUAGAGGUGGAAUGUGCUGUGCCAGGCUCUCAUCUUGACAUCUUAGGAAACCCCAACAGCUGUGGGUGCAGAUCCAGAGCAGGGUUGAGGGAUCUCAGACUCAACAGGGGUUAAUCCCUAGUUCAGAGAGGUGUGACACAGCUGGGGAGCGAGUCCAGAAAGGGCUGGGGAGAGGUAUUCUAGUGUAAAGGUGCGGCUGUUUCUAGGGUGGGGUGAUUUGCUGUGGGAGUGUUCAAAGGCACAAAUGAACACUGCUAUGAGCUUUCCAUGUGUUCAUUUGGGGGUAGGGAAAGCAGGAGCAUAACAGGGUCUGGUUUGGAAGUCAGAGGAAACCACAGCUCCGUCCCCAGCAGCUGCGGAUGCCGAUAGCAGAACUGGGCACAACUAGUCCUGGCACAGUCAGCACAGCAACUCACUCCACAGCUGAGAGCGCAGGUGGCAAAGCAGGGAGAGUGACCUCUUCAGAGCCCACGGCCCAUGCUGCCCCCUGCCCCCGCCUGUCUGGCCCUCCUGGCCCUGGUCUUUGUGGCCAGUGCUGUGGACCCAGGGGAGGUGUGUCAGAUUGAGAUGAACCAGAUCAAAGACCGUCUCCAGGCCAACUGCACUUGGCUGGGGCUCAGCACGGUGCCCUCCAAGCUGUCCACAGACAUCGGCAUCCUGCUGCUUGGUUCCAACCACCUAGCAUCUGUCUCCACCAGCUCCUUCCAGUACCUUCCUAUGCUGAUUGGCCUGGACUUGUCACACAAUGGCUUGAAAUCGUUCCACGCUGGGCCACCUUUGCCCCUGCUUCAGGAGCUCAUUCUGUCUCACAAUGCUCUGGGAGCCUUGCCCCCGCUGCAGGGCCUGCCUGCCCUUCUCCACCUGGGCCUGGCUUACAACAGCAUCAAGGACCUUGCUCCCAAGGCCUUCCAAUCCCUGGAGAAAUUGGAGGAGUUGGAGCUGAAGGGGAACCAGCUGCAAAGGCUGCCCGAGGACACCUUUGCAGGUCUGGCUGUGCUGCGAGACCUGGACCUGUCCAACAACGCCCUGGAGGAGCUGCCACUGGGGCUGCUGACUAAGUUGGAGGCACUGGAGACCCUGAGGCUGUCGGGGAACCAUCUCCGUACUGUGCCCACUGGCUUCUUCCCUGAAGAUCGGUUCUUCCCUUAUAUCUUCCUGGACAAGAACCCCUGGCACUGCAACUGCAGCCUGGCCUACCUACGGGACUGGAUCACCGAGAACGAGCCCGGCAUCUACUAUCAAGAGGAAGGACUGGAUAAGACAAAGGUGGAGAAUGAUCCAGAAAGUGUCAAAUGCGACUCACCUGCCCACUACAAAGGGACCCCAGUCAUCCACUUCACGCAAGUCUGCUCCAAGGAGGGGGACAAGGACACCUCUGUGCCUAAGCCAGAGCUAAUGGACCUUCCCUUGUCCCCCAUUAAUGUCUCCUUUGCCACCAUGGCCUCAACCAGUCCUCUUCCCCCCACUAGGACCCCUGUACCCUCCACUAGUACUCCUGUGCCUUCCACUAGUACCACUGUUCCCCUUACUGGUACCCAUGAAGCCCCUGCUAGUAUGCCCAUUUCCCUUACUAGUACCCCUGUACCCCCCAAUAGUACUCUUGUUCCCUCUAAUAGUACCUUUGUACCCCCCACUACUACCACUGAGCACCAUACUCUUGUGCCUCCCAGCAGUGCCCCCUCCAUAACCAUGGCUUCCACCUCCUCUUCACCCCCUGCCCCCAAUACCCCAGGGACUUCCACUAUUACUACUAUUAUCUCAUCUCUCAGCUCCCAUGUGCCUCCUAUCACCUUUAAACCCACCCCACCCAGCCCUCUCCCACAUGUGCCCCAUCACCAGCCAUCCCCUCCUCCAAGGGCUCCCCCCGUUUGUUCAUGUCUCACCUCCCCGGCCAAGCUGCCUAGCAUGGGCUAUCACCUGGGUGGAAAAGGCCACUCAUGGGGGCACUGGGUACUGGCUCACUGCUGCCUGCUCCACCUGGUGCUCUACCUUGCCUCUUUGGUGCUGCUGGUGCUGCCUACACUGGUUCUGCUCGGGUGGCUGGCCUGGUUAUGUCUGGUCUGGAAACAGCCAACCCCAAGAGCCUCCCCAUGGAUGCAGAGAGUGCACUACCAGCUGCUUGGGCAGGAGAGGUGGGAUGCAUCCCCUGUGAUGCAUCUCAGGAGCACCAGGAGUCCCCCCCACUUCUGUGUCACAAAGGAGCUGGAGAUCCUUUAUGAUCACCCUGCCCCCACCUUCUGUACCACUAAGGAGCUGCAGGUCCGCCGUGGCCUCCUCACCCCCAUCUUCUGCACUACCAAAGAGCUGCAAGUCCGCCACUACCACUCUGUCCCUGCCUUCCAGUGCAUCACCAAGCAGCUGCUGAGUGGAGGACGGGUGGGUCCAGGGAGGUUCCCCUCUGCCUACAGCCUGGACAGAGGCGUGGAGGCCAUUGGGGCUGUCAGGGUGAAAUAUGCCACCAGCACUCUCUAAGCAAGGGCAGAAUGCCUGAGGUCUUUUGGGUCAAGGAAGGGAGCUUUGCUAGCCAGGAUGUAUGGUUCUGCUCCCAGCUCUGGUGCUGUGACCUGCUCCGCUCUCCCCUCCCUUCCCUUGCCUGCAGUAUCACUGCAGUAUCAUAGUGGUUAGACAUCUCCCCUGAUAAGCUUCUUUACUGGAUGUAAUACCCAGGAAUCUAGACUGCCAGACACCCAUCCAUCAACUUGAUGGGCAACUCUCUCCCUUCUUUUGUCUCCUUGCAAUGGCCUGAAGUGACUAGCUAAUGUGGUAAGUUUCUACUUAACACCAGACAGUUUGGGGGAGUGGCUUUUGCCCUUCUUUCAGGAUGGGAGUUGGGUGCAGAGCUGAUGUUUCUCUUGUGACUCUGGCUGUUCUUUCCAUUAUAUGUCAGUAGUGGAUCUUGCUGUGAAUCCUGUGUCAGAGAACUUCAUCUGCUGGCCACAGAAUAAAGUCUUGCUUUGAUUGCAUUUCAAAUAA